AUGUUAAGUGAAAUUGAAGGUCAAAAGCCAGAAGAUCGGCCAGAUAUCAUGGCAAGGGUAUUCAAACUGAAGCUAAAACAACUCAUGAGAUGUCUUAAAAAAGACCAUUACUUCGGUAUUGAUGUGGCAGAUGUUUGCACUGUGGAGUUCCAAAAGAGAGGUUUACCUCAUGCCCAUAUACUUCUAUGGCUAAGUGAAGAAGGAGUAGAGCUCAGUCCGCAAUUUAUAGACAAUAUCAUUCAAGCAGAGAUCCCUGACAAAGAAACAAACCCCGAAUUAUAUGUUGUUGUUUCACGUUACAUGGUUCAUGGCCCCUGUGGUAAUGCUAACCCGAACUGCCCCUGCAUGGUGGAUAAAAAAUGCAGCAAAAACUACCCCAAACAAUUCAAUUCAGAGACUACUAUCGAUAGCAAUGGUCACCCUGUAUACAGAAGAAGGGAGGAUGACAGGUUCAUUAAAAAAGGAGACUAUAUCAUGGACAACAGAUCAGUUGUUCCCUACAAUCCAGGCCUACUAAUAAUGUUUGACGCUCAUAUUAAUGUGGAAUGGUGUAACACUACACGUGCAAUCAAAUACCUAUUUAAAUACAUCUGUAAGGGACCAGAUAGGACCACCAUGAUUAUCACUGAUGACCAAAUGGAUGAGGUCAAAUCUUACCUCGACUGUAGGUACAUCUCAGCCUGCGAGGCCGCAUGGAGAAUUUUCGAGUUUGAAAUCCAGGAAAGAAGUCUGGCGGUCAUACGUCUGCCAGUUCACUUAGAAGGAGAACAAGCAGUCGUGAUAAGAGAUAAUGACAAUUUGAACUUUAUCAUAAACAGAGAAGAUGUCAAUGACACGAUGCUCACUGAAUGGAUGAAAAUAAAUGUUGUAGACGAACAUGCAAGGGGCAGUGGAUCCUUCCAAGAUAUUAGAACAGUGGAUGGUCAGGUGCAUCCUACGUACAAGGAAGCGUGCUAUGUGUUGGGCCUACUUAACAAUGACAAAGAGUGGCACGAUGCUAUAAAAGAGGCAAACCAAUGGGCAAUGCCAUCACAGCUUAGAGAACUCUUUGUAACCCUACUGUUAUUCUGCGAAGUAACUGACAUGCGAAGCUUAUGGGAGAGCAGCUUCAAGGAUCUUUCAGAUGACAUACAGCGGAAGAAAAGGAGGUUAUUCAAACAUCCAGAUCUUAUACUCUCGGAAGAUCAGAUCAGGACAUACACCCUCAUUGAAAUCGACAGAAUCCUGAUGAAAUUUGGAAAGUCGUUGUCUGAUUUCAAAGAUAUGCCACAACCUGAUCUCACAGAAGUAGAUUGCAUGGAAAACAAGCUUAUAGCAGAAGAAAGACUCUACGACACCAGACAAUUACAAGCAGAUUGGUCCGAUAGAAUAAAAAGGCUAAACAAAGAGCAAUUAGAUGUUUACAACAGAGUGGUGCAAGCUGUCGAAAAAGACACGGGGGAGACAUUUUUCGUGUACGGCCAUGGAGGGACAGGAAAAACAUUCCUGUACUGCACCAUCACCGCUAAGCUACGUGUUGAUCGCAAAAUAGUUCUAAAUGUUGCGUCAUCAGGUAUUGCUGCCCUAUUGCUGCCCGGAGGAAGAACAACACAUAGCAGAUUUGAGAUACCAAUUGAACUCCUAGAAAAUUCCACGUGUAACAUCAGCCGCAAAUCACAACUAGCUGAACUAAUCCGACAUACAUCACUGAUUAUAUGGGACGAAGCCCCUAUGGACCACAGGUUUGCAUUUGAAGCACUUGAUCGCACUCUAAGGGAUAUAAUGGGAGACAAGAACUGCGAAUCAUCAUCUAAGUUGUUUGGUGGGAAGGUAGUAUUACUUGGAGGAGACUUUAGGCAGGUAUUACCCAUCAUCCCAAAAGGAGGAAGACAAGAUAUUGUACAAGCAUCGAUCAACAGAUCCUACAUUUGGAAUGAAUGCAAUGUGUUCAUUCUCAAACAAAGCAUGAGGGUACGAGAAGGGAACACAAACGUAGAGAACUACCAUAAAAACAAGAGGUUCAAUGAAUGGAUUUUAGCUAUGGGUGACGGGAGGCUUGAAACACAAUCUGAGGACCACAAAGCUGAAGGAACAUGGAUUGAAAUACCAAGUGAAUAUAUAGCAGAAGUGGAGAUAUCAGAAAUUGACGGGAUCGUGGAGACAAUUUACCCAGAUUUUCAACAGAGGAAAAGUGACGACAACUACUUAAGGGAAAGGGCUAUACUCACACCCUUAAAUGAAACCGCAUACACCAUAAAUGAAUACAUAAUGGGUCUCUUACCCAAAGAGGAAAGGACCUACACAAGCUGCGAUGAAAUAUGCUUAUCUUCAGCUGAAUGUGACACACAGUUCAAUGCAUACCCAACAGAAUAUUUGAACAGCCUAAAGUUACCAGGUUUACCCCACCAUGAGCUAAAGCUGAAAGAAGGAAUGCCGGUCAUGCUUCUUAGAAAUAUCAACCCGCCACAAGGCCUGUGCAAUAGGACUCGGCUUAUGAUAACCCACCUCCGAAAGUUUGUAAUAGAAGGAAGGAUCAUAACGGGUUCAAAACAGGGAAACAAGGUCCUAAUACCCAGAAUUGUCAUGACAUCAAAGGACAGCAAACUACCCUUCAUCUUAAAAAGAAGGCAAUACCCUUUGAAGCCUUGCUAUGCAAUGACAAUAAACAAGAGCCAAGGACAAUCACUUUCAUUUGUGGGAGUAUACUUACCGAAGCCUGUUUUCAGCCAUGGACAACUCUAUGUGGCAGCAUCGAGAACAACUUCUCCAGAGGGCCUAAAGUUCUUUAUCAAUGAUACCUACGAGAAAUACAAAAACCACACAAAGAACAUCGUCUACAAGGAAGUUUUUUCAAACUUGCCUAGCCUGUAA